AGAGGGAGAGAGCUUGUUUGCGUCGCUCGACUGGAUAGUUGGCAGAGUGGACGGUGUUUCGGCUGCCGCUAAAAAUAAAAGAGUCGCGCGCGCGCAAGUUGACGAAACGCUGAUAGUACGAGAGAGCUGCUGCUCGUCUACUAUUCGCGUUAGUCGAUCGCUUGGGUAGAUCCGCUGCGCUGGCAUGCGUUACGAGAAGCUGCAGAACCGGAGAAGGCCGGAUGCUUCGAAACUGCGCCGAGGCUCAUCCGAAGAAAGAACGAGAGAGGCUGACAUGGCGCGACGAAGCAACAGGAUUCAGCGGACAUCGACGAAGUUCCUCGCCAUCAGAACCGAUCGCACCGCCGCGUCGCAAGCGUCGCUCGGAAAGUCGCAGCAUUAGCAGCGCAAAGGCCAAGUGCUCGCCGCCACCACCCGCGAAAUGCCGACUUGCAAAUUCGGCGAAUGCAGCAGCAGCAGCAGCAAGUCGAGAAUCGCUAACACAGCAGCAGCAGCAGCAGCAGCAGCGGAAAGGUUGCCAGUCCGGAGGAGACGAGAGCAAGAGCAAGAGCAGCGAGAAAACGAGUCGAGAUAAGACGGAGGAUAGGAUGAUCGAGAGGACGAUUAAACUGGCGCAGAGAUGCGUCAGACUGCGGGAAAAGCUCAUCAUCGGCUUGGCUGCUCUGGCCAUUCUGUUCACCAUACUGCUCGUCAUGGAUCUGCAAUUGGAUCUCGGCUACAGCGGACAUCACUUGUUGCCCAGUCACGGCAGGGUCAAGAUGUCCGAGGAUCCCGAGAGGGACACCGUAUACAACAAUUUUAGGCGGAAGUUCCUGCAGCGGCCGAACGCCAGUCGAGAGCUGGCCUCGGGUUCGGAGAACAACAACAACAACAACAACAACAACAACAAUAACGAGACGCCGGGAGCGGCGUCGCCUCAGUUGCUCGUGGAGACCAGCACAAAGAGCAGCCAACCACCUCACGACGCCUUCGAAGACCUGCAGAAGCUGCUGCUGAACGCGGACGACUCUCGGAUGGACGACUUCUCCGUCAUCAAGAGCGAAGUUCUCGAGGACGUCGAGGAGAACCCCUCGGUAGCGGAGCUUAAACACCUGAAGCCGGGGAAGAACACGACGCUGCUGGAUAAAUUCCACAUGCAGAUACGCAAGCGGGAGCUGUACUCGAAGGGCUCGAGAGUAGUGGAGGACCUGCUGGAGUUCAUGGCCAGCCAGCCGAUCGUUCAUGCCUCGGAGAAGUCGGGUGGCACGCAGCUCAAACUCGUCAUGGACUAUCCGAACAAGAUGCAGGCGCUCUUCAAGCCGAUGAGGUUUCCACGGGAGCAACAGACGCUUCCGAACCACUUCUACUUCACGGACUACGAGCGCCACAACGCGGAGAUAGCGGCCUUCCACCUGGACCGACUCCUGGACUUCCGGCGAUGUAUGCCGGUGACAGGUCGGACGCUCAACAUGACCACGGAGAUCUACCAGGUGACGGACAGCGACAUCCUCAAGACGUUCUUCGUCAGUCCGGCGGGUAAUCUCUGCUUCCACGGCAAGUGCACCUACUACUGCGACACGAGCCACGCGAUCUGCGGCUCGCCCAAGGAUCAGCUCGAGGGCAGCUUCGCUGCUUUUCUGCCGGACAAGAGCGUCGUGCCGCGGAAGGUCUGGAGGCAUCCCUGGCGGAGGAGCUACCACAAGAGACUCAAGGCUCAGUGGGAGACGGACUCGGACUACUGCAACAUGGUGCGCGAGCUCCAUCCCUACAACGAGGGCCGCAGGCUGCUCGACCUGAUCGACAUGUCGGUGUUCGACUUUCUCACGGGCAACAUGGAUCGACACCAUUACGAGACCUUCAAGCUCUUCGGCAACGAGACCUUCACCCUGCACCUCGACAACGGCCGAGGCUUCGGCAAGCCGUUCCACGACGAGAUCAGCUGUCUCUCGCCGUUGCUGCAGUGCUGCAUGAUUCGCGAGAGCACGUUGAGAACCCUUCUCAGGUACCACAAUGGUCCGAUUAGACUGAGCAGCGCCAUGCGAGAGAGCAUGGCCCGGGAUCCGGUAGCGCCGAUCCUCUGGGAGCCUCAUCUCACGGCCCUUGACCGUAGGAUACCCAUAAUCCUGCAGGCUGUGCGUGACUGUAUCAAUCGCGGCAAGCUAGCCAAGGAUGAAAAGAACGAGCUCGGCGAGCCAAACAAUACCGAGACGUCCGAGUAACGACGACGUUCUCGCUACUUCUUUCAACGCCACAAACGCGAACGCAGCUCUACUUUUUAUCUAUCUCUCUCUCUCUCUCUCUGACUAAUGCGAUAUUGACCAAAGCUUGAUAUGAAUGAAAGUACAUAUGUUAUGUUAUAUAUAUAUAUAUGGAGCCGACAACGCGCGUCGACGAUAUCUCGCUCAUGGGCGCGAUUCAAAAAGGUACAAAGGCGCGUUCUCGAGUACGACUGUGCUAUACCGACGAGACACACGGGGAAAACACGCCCGUAUCAUUGUGAUUCUUGUAAAUUAUUCUGUACAUUUUGUAAGUCUAAAAUUUAUAACUGUUAUGUAUAAUGUAAGUGUUGCAACAAUUUAUAAGUGUCAGUUUUAAAUAAUAAAUAAUUGUAUAUAAAACGUCUAUGUAUAGGAUA